CGGAGCUGGAGCCGGAGUCCGACCCCGAGCCGGAGCCCGAGCGGUGAGCCGACGCGCAGUCCUCGGACCUUCGAACGCCCGUGCUCUGCUCGCGACUCGCCCCCUGAGGAACCGAGAAAGAUUGUGCCAUGAAUGGGGACUCUCGUGCCGCGGUGGUGACCUCACCACCCCCGACCACUGCCCCGCACAAGGAGCGGUACUUUGACAGGGUGGAUGAGAACAACCCGGAGUACUUGCGAGAGAGGAACAUGGCACCGGAUCUUCGCCAGGACUUCAACAUGAUGGAGCAGAAGAAGAGGGUGUCCAUGAUCCUGCAGAGUCCUGCUUUCUGUGAAGAGUUGGAAUCAAUGAUACAGGAACAAUUUAAGAAGGGGAAGAACCCCACAGGCCUGUUGGCGCUACAGCAGAUUGCAGAUUUCAUGACCGCGAACGUACCGAAUGUCUACCCCGCAGCUCCGCAAGGGGGGAUGGCGGCCUUGAACAUGAGUCUUGGUAUGGUAACUCCUGUGAAUGACCUGAGAGGAUCUGAUUCGAUCGCCUAUGACAAAGGGGAGAAAUUACUGCGGUGUAAGUUGGCAGCAUUUUAUCGGCUGGCAGAUCUCUUUGGAUGGUCUCAGCUUAUCUACAAUCACAUCACAACCAGAGUGAGCUCCGAGCAGGAACAUUUCCUCAUUGUUCCCUUUGGACUUCUCUAUAGUGAAGUGACUGCAUCCAGUUUGGUUAAAGUCAAUAUACAAGGAGAGAUAGUAGAUCGUGGAAGUACUAACCUAGGAGUAAACCAGGCUGGCUUUGUGUUACACUCUGCCAUCUACGCUGCGCGACCAGAUGUCAAGUGCGUGGUGCACAUCCACACGCCGGCAGGGGCUGCGGUCUCGGCGAUGAAAUGUGGCCUCUUGCCAAUCUCCCCGGAGGCGCUUUCCCUUGGAGAAGUGGCUUACCAUGAUUAUCAUGGGAUUCUGGUUGAGGUGGAGGAAAAAGUAUUAAUUCAGAAAAAUUUGGGGCCUAAAAGCAAGGUUCUUAUUCUCCGGAAUCAUGGGCUCGUGUCAGUCGGAGAGAGCGUUGAGGAGGCCUUCUACUACAUCCAUAACCUGGUGGUCGCGUGUGAGAUCCAGGUUCGAACUCUGGCCAGUGCAGGAGGGCCGGACAACUUAGUCCUCCUGGAUCCUGGCAAGUACAAAGCUAAAUCCCGAUCCCCGGAGUCCCCAGCAGGGGAGGGCACCAGCUCACCUCCCAAGUGGCAGAUUGGCGAGCAGGAGUUUGAAGCCCUUAUGCGAAUGCUUGAUAAUCUGGGUUACAGAACUGGCUACCCUUACCGAUACCCUGCUCUGAGAGAGAAAUCUAAAAAACACAGCGAUGUGGAGGCUCCUGCAAGUGUCACAGGUUACUCCUUCGCUGGUGACGGGGACCCGGGCACUUGCUCCCCUCUCAGACACAGUUUUCAGAAGCAGCAGCGGGAGAAGACAAGAUGGCUGAGCUCUGGCCGGGGCGACGAUGCUUCUGAGGAGGGGCAGAACGGAAGCAGCCCCAAGUCGAAGACUAAGGUGUGGACGAACGUUACACACGAUCGCGUGAAACCCUUGCUGCAGUCUCUCUCGUCCGGUGUCUGCGUGCCAAGCUGUAUUACCAACUGCUUGUGGACUAAAGAGGAUGGACAUAGAACCUCCACCUCUGCUGUCCCUAACCUGUUUGUCCCAUUGAACACUAACCCAAAAGAGGUCCAGGAGAUGAGGAACAAGAUCCGGGAGCAGAACUUACAGGACAUUAAGACGGCUGGCCCCCAGUCCCAGGUUUUGUGUGGUGUAGUGAUGGACAGAAGCCUCGUCCAGGACGCACCCCUCUCUGACUGUACGGAAACAAUCGAAGGGCUCGAGCUUACAGAGCAGACCUUUAGUCCUGCUAGAUCUCUCUCUUUUAGAAAGGGGGAGCUGGUGACAGCCUCCAAGGCCAUCAUUGAGAAAGAGUACCAGCCCCAUGUCAUUGUGAGCACCACGGGUCCCAACCCCUUCAACACGCUUACCGACAGAGAGCUGGAGGAGUACCGCCGGGAGGUGGAGCGGAAGCAGAAGGGCCCUGAAGAGAAUCUAGACGAGGCCAGAGAACAGAAAGAAAAGAGUCCUCCAGAAGCCCCUGCUGCCCCCCACACCCCCCCCAGCACCCCCGUCAAGCUUGAGGAAGACCUGCUGCAGGAGCCCACCUCUGGAGAGGACAGCGAAGCUGCCACCUUUAAGCCGACUCUCCCCGACCUGUCCCCUGAUGAGCCUUCAGAAGCGCUCGGCUUCCCCACAUUGGAGGAGGAGGAGGAGGAGGAGGAGGGGCUCUGUGAAGCCCAUGAGCCUCCCAGCCCCACCAGGUCCCCUGUGGCGGCCAGCCCUGAGCCAUUCUCCGCCCAGGCGGCAGAAGAAGCCACCUCCCCAGCUGCCGAGGAGGCGGCUGCCGUGGACCCUGGCAGCGACGGGUCUCCUGGCAAGUCCCCUUCCAAGAAGAAGAAGAAAUUCCGCACCCCCUCCUUUCUGAAGAAGAGCAAGAAGAGGAGUGACUCCUGAAGGCCCGUCCCGCACACACUAAUGCCACCAGACUGCCCCCAUCGUGUCCUGUCUUGUGUCAUGGAAUGCAAAAAGCCCAUCCCUCCACAUAGCUAGAGCUCUCCUCACAGUGUGACCGAAUCCCCACGUAGACCGGUGCUAACCUCGUGUGCGCAUAUAGCGGGCCUUCGCCUGGGGGUGGGGGUGGGGAGCCAUGUCUCUGCGGCCCCUCAACUUCUGUCCGCCCUGCCUGGGCCAGCACCCCACUUCGUGCACUCCCCCGGGCCUGGACGUCCUGGUUCUGGCUGGACAGCUGGAGGCCCUGGUGGCUCUGGCCUUCCCUCCCUCUCCUUCUGUGGUGCAGUUCCCAUGCUGUGUCUCUCCUAGGCUUCCCUUCACUCCCACGUCUCAGGUGACUGGGUCAGACUUGGAGCUUCGUGCUGGUGUUUCUUGCUCCAUGGGUCGUAGCUACAGAGCUUCAGCCCUGUAAAAGCACUCCUGAGUCCACUAGUGGCUCCAGGCAUCCUGGAGGCCUUUGAUUCUGGGACCCUGCAACAAAGGGGCCUGCGUACACCCCAUGCGCCCUGUGCAUGUCUGAUGGCCCUGAGGCCAGAAAUGGGGUUCAGUGGCCUCCACUUUA